AAUCUGUCAAUUGUCAUUGUCACAUUUUUCUUUCUUUCUUUCCUUCCGACAUCUUGGACUACGUGAAACACGCGUUUUUCGAGUUGCUACAAUAACUAAAAAUGAAACUGAAUAGAAAUGUUUCCUCUUCACGUCGCAAGAGCCGCAAGCGCCAUUUCCAGGCUCCUUCGCAUAUCAGAAGGAAACUGAUGUCAGCACCGCUAUCUAAGGAGUUGAAACAGAAAUAUACGGUUCGGUCGAUGCCGAUUCGGAAGGACGACGAGGUUCAAGUGGUGCGAGGCCACUAUAAGGGGAAUCAGGUCGGUAAGGUGGUACAGGUCUAUCGCAAAAAGUUCGUAGUUUAUAUUGAACGAAUCCAGCGCGAGAAGGCGAACGGCACCAAUGUAUACGUAGGUGUGCAUCCAUCUAAAUGUCUGAUUGUCAAGCUAAAGAUGGAUAAAGAUCGCAAAAAAAUACUGGACCGUCGUGCAGCAGGACGCCGAGCGGCGCUAUCCAAGGAUAAGGGCAAAUACACUGAAGAAUCUGCCGCAGCUUCCGCAAUGGAAACUAGUUCUUAGAGUAGUGUGGCAGAAUUUGUUUCUAUUGAGGAGUGGACCGUGUAACAAAUUGCAUCAAAAAAGGAGUAAACCAACAAUAAAAGAGGUGAAAAA